UUCAAGUAAUAAUAAUAUAACACAUCUAGAAAUUAAAGGCUUUGUAUCUAUCUAUAUAAAGCCCCCUUAACCUUGCAUCCCUGCACAAUUCAAGCACUACUUGUACGUUCAAGUAAUCCAUCUACCUCUCUACCAAGAUGUGGAAGAGCAUCAUCAAUCACCAAAAGCAUCGCUACUCUCUCAUAUUUUACUUCAUCAUGAUCCUCUUCACCAUCAUCAUCUCCUGUUGCUGUCCAUAUGUCUCAUGUUAUUCCAAUGCCUCUACCACUUCCUCUUCACCAAGAUUAUUAUGCCUCCCUCACCAGCGCUCUGCUUUGUUGCAGUUCAAACAUGAGUUUUCAUUUCAAAAACCCAACUUCACUUCUUAUCGUCGUUUGUGUUCCAUAUAUCCAAUUUCUUAUUACAGCGAUAUUUUCGAGUCUUAUCCAAAGAUGAAGUUUUGGAAGGCAGAAGAGGAUUGCUGUUCGUGGGAUGGUGUUACUUGCGACUUCAAAACUGGACAAGUAGUAGGCCUGGACUUGGCUAACAGCUGGCUUCAAGGACCUUUGCAUUCCAACAGCAGCCUCUUUAAGUUGCGUCAACUCCAAGAGAUCAACCUUUCCUUCAACAACUUCAGUUUCAGCCUCAUCCCUUCUGAGUUUGGUCAGCUUUCCAGGUUAAUAAAUCUCAACCUCUCUUUCUCUAUGUUUUCUGGGCCUAUCCCAUCUGAGAUCUCAUUUCUUACCAAUUUGGAUUCUCUUGAUCUGUCUUCUUUUGAGGGUUAUGAUGAAACUACUCUUUUACAUCUCACAAAAAUAGACUUCACAAACAUCAUCCAAAAUAUGACAAAUUUAAGUCAAUUUCACCUGCACCAAGUUGACGUUUCAUCAUCAAUACCUGAAUCCUUGGCAAAUUUAACUUCUUUGACAUCUCUCCAUCUUGGUGGAUGUGGAUUACAUGGCAAGUUUCCGGAGAAUGUCUUUGUCCUUCCUAACAUACAAUCCAUCCAUCUACCAUGUAACUAUCUUCUAUCUGGAUCCCUUCCACAAUUAAUUGAACCUUCUAACUCUCUAAGGCGGUUGACUCUUGACUACACAAAUUUCUCAGGGGAAUUGCCAGAAACAAUUGGCUACCUCAAGUCCUUGAAUCAAUUAUCUCUACGGAAUUGUAAUUUUGUGGGGCCUAUUCCUCCUUCAAUUUGGAACCUUUCUGAGCUAACGUAUCUUCAGCUUUCAUUGAACCACUUCAAUGGUCAUGAACUUCCAUCUACAUUGGGAAGCCUUGCAAAACUUACUGUUCUAGCCCUUGAUUCUUGUGAGUUUAGUGGUGAAAUACCCCUUUCACUUGGAAACCUCACACAGUUGCAAUAUUUAGCACUUUCACAGAAUGGUUUUAGUGGUCAAAUUCCUUCAUCGCUUGGAAAUCUCAAACAGUUGCAAGAUCUGAUUCUUUCAAAUAAUAGUUUUAGUGGUCAAAUUCCUUCAUCGCUUGGAAACCUCACAGAACUGAAAUUUUUAUAUCUUUCUUUUAACAACUUGGGUGGAGCCAUUCCUUCAUUUUUGUUUAUGUUGCCUUCUUUGAAUUGGUUGUGUCUGAAUGACAAUCAGUUUAAAGGCUCUCUUUCUAUCCAAAAUAUCUCUUCUUCUCAACUAGAGGUUUUGGAUUUGCAAGACAACAAAUUAAAUGGACAAAUUCCCCAGUCGAUGUUCAAAUUGGUGAACCUAGUAUUUAUUUCCCUUGCCCUCAACGACUUAAGUGGCACAGUUGAGUUAAGCAAAUUUGCGAAACUGGUCAAGCUCCAAAUGCUAUGGCUUUCGUCUAAUAGGCUAUCUAUAACAAACUUGAGUACAACUGAAGUACUUCCAAAGUUUCAAAGGCUAGGUUUGUGUUCAUGCAACAUAAGUGAAUUUCCAAAUUUCCUUAAGGCCCAAGAUCAAUUAGAGUCACUAGAUCUUUGUAACAAUAGAAUUGAAGAUCAAAUUCCAAAUUGGUUAUGGGGUGCCAAAGGGAAAAUGAAAUUGGACUACCUAGACUUGAGAGGCAACAAGUUGCAUGGAGCACUUAUUGUUCCACCAUUGUCCAUAUCCUACUUCUACAUCUCAUACAAUAAUAUUAGCGGAGGAAUUCAUCCAUCAUUUCAAAAGUGGAGCAAUCUUAAGGUCUUUGACAUCUCUAAUAACCGCUUUGGAGGAACUGUUCCGAGAUGGUUGUGCAACUUCAGUAGUUCUCUAGAGGCGUUGAAUCUGAAACGGAACAAUUUUGAAGGGAGUCUACACCAGAUGUUCACAUGUGGAGGCAUGCAUAAUUUGAAGUUUCUAGACCUCAGCCAUAAUCAGUUUCAAGGACAGCUUCCACAUUCUUUGGUUAACUGUAGUGAGCUACAAAUUUUAAAUCUUGGGCACAACAUGAUAAGUGACAGAUUCCCUUUUUGGUUACAAAAUUUGCCAGAGUUGCAAGUUUUGGUGUUACGUUCGAAUAAAUUUUAUGGUCCAAUAUGGGAUCCAAAUAAACUUUUGGGUUUUGUAAAGUUGGGAUUUGUGGAUCUAGCUUCUAAUAAUUUUAAUGGAAGUUUACCAUCAGAGUAUUUUAGAAAUUGGGGUGGCAUGAUGGUUAAAGAUGUUAAUCAAAAGAUGCCAUUCUUCACAUAUUUGAGAGAUUCUUCAUCCAAAUAUGCGAUUUUUUUUUACACUACAUCCCUAGUGAUCAAGGGAGUAGAAAUGGAAGACAAAUGGAUCUCAAGUGCCUUCACAUCCAUUGACCUAUCAAACAACAAAUUUGAUGGAGAAAUUCCUAGUAGCAUAGGAGACUUGAGGGCUUUAGUUGCGCUCAACCUAUCCAGCAACAGAUUCACAGGAACCAUCCCAUCAUCUUUUGGAAAAAUGAAGGAGCUUGAAUCCUUGGAUCUCUCAAACAACAAGUUGACUGGAAGAAUUCCUCAACGGUUGGCAGAUCUCUCAUUUCUUGCAUAUUUAAACCUCUCUCGAAAUCAACUCACGGGCCCGAUACCACAAGGCGGACAGUUGGAUACAUUUCCAAGUUCAUCUUUUGAGGAUAAUCCAGGAUUAUGCGGUUCUCAAUUAUUGUCAAAGAAAUGUGAUGCCAAGGAGACACCAAUUUCGGAUGUAGAAUCAGACGACAGUUUUACUUGGAUACCGAUAGUAAUGGGAUAUGGAUGUGGAUUAAUGGUUGGAUUUAUCAUCGGAUAUGUCACCCUCUUUCAACAAGGCCCAACUGCUCUGUUUUGGUCAAGUUUCAUGGGUAGGUAUUUCUACGCACGCUGGUGAAUUUGGAGCAUAACAGAGAUGUAAAUUGUUGUAAGCAAGAAUCACCGCAAACAUGCAGAGGAAAUCAGAAUCUUCACGGUAGUCAUUGACAACUAGGCCACUGAUGGAUGAUAAACACUUGGUCAAGCUGCUGAAUAUAUGUAUACGUAUAUAUAUAUAUAUAUAUGUUAUGUUUCUUUAUUUUGAUUUUCCAUUUUCGUCUUUUGUUAUACUUGUGUUGAUACAAUAAAAUGAUACAUGUAUUAAUGGUUGAAUCAUAUACUCAUUUUCCAUAUUUUUGCUUUUUAUUAGUUAUUUUUUUAUA